GCUCUCCUCAAGUCUCUAGCUCUUGCGUCACAAAAUCCCAACCGAACAGCUUUCUCCACCAUUUUGAUCAAGACUCAGCGCCAUCUCGGCCGGUACGAAUAUACUCAUUUUAAUCGUCUCUGUCCUGGAAUUUUCUAUAUUUUCAUCAAAAGCAACAAUAUAGAGAGAGAGAGAGAGGAAGGGAACUGUUCCGUGUUAACUGCCCAAUCAAGCUUAUUUAUGCCGCUCCCCGCUCCCCGGCUCUCACUCAAUCUAACUACCGAAUCUACACAGCUCCUGCUCACCAGAGAAACGACGAAUUGAAAGGAAAACUACGUGCGCAAGGAGUGGAAUUACGGUUUUAGAAGGAAAAGAAAGCAAAAGAAAUGCCACCUCUAACCGGCGCCCAAAUAAUCGCUCGCUCUCUUCACAACUUGGGAGUCACCGUCAUAUUCGGCAUUGUCGGCAUCCCCGUGGUGGAAAUCGCGGAGGAAGCGAUCAAUCUGGGUAUUCGGUUUAUUGCGUUUAGAAACGAACAAGCCUGCAGCUAUGCGGCAAGCGUUUAUGGGUACAUGUCAGGCAAACCUGGAGUGUGCUUGGUUGUGGGUGGGCCGGGAGUUUUGCAUGCCAUGGCUGGGAUCGGAAAUGCCUCUGUAAACACAUUCCCACUACUCGUCCUGGCCGGGUCAGUGGAAUCGCACAUGAUAACUAAGGGAGGUUUUCAAGAAAUGGAUGCCAUCUCACUCCUCACGCCGCACACCAAGCUUUCCGUACGGCCUCCAUCGCUAGAAUCAGUGACCAGUGCGAUUCGGAACGCAUAUAGAACAUGUUGGUAUGGCAGGCCAGGACCCACCUUUAUCGAUCUCCCUGCAGACUUGAUUCAAGGGAAAACUGCCGCGGGAUUUGCAUUGCCGCCGUCCGAGCAUACUCUUGUCCCGCCUCCGCCUAAACCCAGCGGUGAUCCAGCGGUUGUAUCGAAGGUGGCGCAGUUAUUACAAGCAGCACGUGCACCGCUCAUCGUUAUUGGGAAGGGUUCAGCAUAUGCACGAGCGGAGUCUUGUAUCCGCGAGUUUGUAGAGAGGACGGGGAUACCCUUCCUACCAACCCCGAUGGGUAAGGGAAUGAUACCUGAUUCGCAUCCACUUAACACAUCGAGCGCACGAAGCACAGCAUUGAAACAUGCAGAUGUCGUUCUUCUCUUCGGUGCCCGGCUGAAUUGGAUUCUCCAUUUUGGAGAAACACCCCGCUGGUCCCGCUCCGUCAAGCUUAUCCAGGUGGAUAGUAACGCGCAGGAGAUCGGACACAAUGCUGGAGAUGCGGAGCUGGGGAUAGUUGGUGACAUCAACUUGGUAGUUCAGCAGCUUCUCUCGGCUCUGUCCGGUUGGCAGUAUAAGCCUGCAUCCGCUACAUCGCCAAAUUCAUACCCAUCCCUCCUCGCCGCCUCUGCUACGAAAAACGAAAAUGCUGCACAACAAAAGGCCCUUCAACCUACUAAACCCAACGAAUUCUUAACCAUCCAACGUGCCUAUCACAUUAUUAAGACUACUCUAAACUCCCUCUCGCCGCCGGAACAGGGCGACAUCGUCUAUGUCUCCGAAGGCGCUAACACAAUGGACAUCUCACGCUCCUCUUUCCCGCUGGAACACCCGCGGCAACGCCUUGAUGCGGGAACAUAUGCUACGAUGGGAGUCGGGUUAGGCUACAUCGUCGCCGCGCACGCAGCGUACAAUAUCCCAUCAUCACCAGCCAGCACUAAUGCACCGAAACCAAAGAAGAUCGUGGCACUGGAAGGCGAUAGUGCGUUCGGGUUCAGUGCGAUGGAAGUCGAAACUCUUGCGCGCCACCGUAUUCCCGCGCUAAUCUUCGUCAUGAACAAUUCGGGCAUUUACCAUGGCGACACGAAGACAGAGGACGAGUGGAAGUCUCUACAGAAUGAGACCGUCAAUGAGGCCAAUGCGAAGAACGGGCUGCGAUCGACGAGUCUGCUCUAUGAAACGCGCUACGAACAUCUUGCGGCGAUGUGCGGCGGGCGGGGAUACUUUGUGCGGACAGAGGAGGAGCUGGAGAAGGCGACAAGGGAAGGGUUUUUGGAGGAUGAGAAGGUUACGAUUGUCAAUGUGAUUGUGGAGCCAGGGAUUGGGCAGUCGAUACAGUUUGGGUGGCAGGCGACCCAGGAGAAGGGGACUCCGGCAAAACUGUGAGGGUUGUUACUCCGUUACUUACCAUGUAUUGUUUGAGUUGCUAGUUAAUGUGUGGGUGGGUGGGUUCAUGUAAUUAUGAUCUAUGCCAGUGUCAUACUGAAUAAAUUCCUCUCUAUAUUAACCAUG